UUGUUAAAGGUACUUAAGCUUGUAGUGGGAAUAACUGUGAAAACUUGCUAUUGGAUAGAUGAUGCAGGAGAGAGGGUAGCCGCCCUAUGACAAGACCAAAUGUUGGGACCUAGAGCAAGCUUAGUGUUGCUAUAGUCACAGUUCGAUUCGGUUAUCGCUCGCCCGAGUUUUCUUGUGUACAUUGAUACAUGUCAGGAAUUCCUAGUUCCGGAUCGUUCUCGAUUCAGAUCGUUCAAUUUUCUAUUCAUGAUAAUUCGAGUAUCUUCAUUAUUGCAUUAUCUGCGAAACCGAUUCAGCAUCUACUCCGAUUGAUAUCGAGACUUUCCGCAUAGUUGAAAACUUAUAAUUUUAGAUUUAUCAAAAUUAUAGUUUUGUACAGACAUUAAAUUAAUAAAAAUCGGAAUAUUUGAGUCUUCAUUUCGGACAUCUUUAAAAUAGGGCGAUACGGUGAUGCGUAGCAUCGUGGCUUUAAUAAAGUUAAACGAGAACAGUAUUGUUUAUCCAAAGUGUGUAGUGCAUAAUAUAUAAGUGCUAAAUUUUUAUUUGGAGGCGAGUAAUUUUUUUCAUAAAAAAAAAUUACAUUUGGCAGCAUCUAGGAAAAACGAAGAUCAUUACUAACAAAUUUGGAACGUGUAUUAGAACAGGAUCGUCAAAAUGAAGAGAUGCCAUGAAAGUAAUGUACAAUCUAUGGGACCAAAUCAACAACAAUAUAAACAACAAAAUCUACGGACUGCUGCCAAGGAGCAACGAUGUCCCUUGCUUCCGCAAACCACGCCUGUUUGGGGUGAUGGAAACGUGAGUGAACAGCAGGCAGAAGAAACUAACAACAAUAUUGAUUUUCCGUUUGAUCAUUCGAUUCCAAGCGCAUCCGAUUCGAGAAUUCCAACGUCUGAUUCACAGUCCUCGAGGAAUAAUAGUCCGUCACCUGAAUCUAAUUUAAUGGAAAAUAUUAUUCCAAUGAAUAAUCAUCCCAGUGAUGCUGUACAGUUACCAAGGAUUUGUAAAUUAUGUCCCCGCAUUUCGACAACCAGAAAUGAAUACAUCAAUCACGUAGUCACUCAUUGCGUAACCACAAGAAGUUCACACGUCGAAAACGACUUUUUGAACGAACCCCCCGUUGAAGACAAGGAGGAAGAUUCUAGUUCUAACGAAUCACGGAGUAAGGGGAAGAGGAGAAAUAAAGUUUCUAAACCGAAGAUCUGUCCUAAACAUGGCUGCGGUUUUAUAGCGCAGAUAAAAUCGGCAUUGUGGAUCCAUCUGCGUGAACACUUUUUCGUGCACGAAGACUGUUCCGGCUUUGUAUGCCCUUAUUGUCAAUUCGCUACCACUUUCAAGCAUCACAUGACAUUCCACUGGUUCAGUGCUCAUGAUGAUUUCAAGGCGUUCGUCUGUGAGGAAUGUUCGUAUGCGUGCGUGAGUAAAUCGAUGCUAACUAGUCAUAAGAAAACGCACUCGACGGUCUACCAGUACAAUUGCGGGAGCUGCUCGUACAAGACCAAAUUCUGCAACUCGAUUAAGAGGCAUUUAAAAGAGAAUCUGCAUGUACCAGGCGUAGUGCUGAACCCGGACGGCACACCAAAUCCAUUUGCCACCAUCGAUGUUUACGGUAGUAAACGUGGGCCCAGACGGAAGCCAUACUUCGAACAGAAGAGAGAGCUGACAGAAACCAUUGAGGAUAUGCCGUCAACUUCAGGGUUAACUUCGCCGGUUUCAUUGGCCGCGUCAGUUCCGGUAUUAUCAAUUCCGAUGUCGCCAGCUCCGAUACUACCAAUUCCGAUUUCGUCAGGUCAGGUAUUAUCAAGCCCCUCAAUUGCAGCGGCUGAGAUCACAAACUCGCCGAAUUCAAAGAUGACGUUAAUACCACCGUCAACUCGGAUGUUGUCAUCAAUUCAGAAGUCGCCAGUUCAGAUGUCGUUAAUCCCAGUUUCAUCCUCUUAUCCUAAUUCUCCAGACACAGCCACUCUGGCCACGUGUAAUAGAAGGAACAAUGAAGAUGAAGCAAAUCCGAGUGACCCAUACAACAUAUUGUGUCAACUUGUGUACAAAGAAAUUCUGACAUGUCAGAUGGAUGCCGAGGAACGUGGGCGGGUGUACCGCAUAUUGGGAAACGCCCAAAGGUUUUUUUCGGGUGGCUCAGGACAUAUCGAACACUUAGCUAGAGCGGCUGCUGUCAAUGGAGACUUUUUUAAUCACGUGGAGACGAUGGAGACCAUUGACGAAGAACCCUCGAUAUCCACGACGCCGGUCUCUGUGCCUCAGCCCCCGGUGUUUAAUCAGUCAAAUGAACCAUUGGAUCUUAGUAUGUCUGCAAUGACGAAAACAGAAGAUCAUCAACUGCAGUUUCAGCAAUCGGUUGCGAGCUCCUCAAGACACAGGAAACGUAAGAAUAAAGCGACGAAGCUAAGAUAUAUCAUGACAAAUGAGGACACGAACCUCAAUGAAACACAAACACAAAACGAAACCUAUACGGAACCUUCUUUUUCAACUAUUGAUUUGUCGGUAGAAGCGGCAAGUCAAUUUAAUCUCCAAAAGCGAAAUGAAACUAAUGUGACACAUAAUGCAAAAAGGAGAAAGAAAUCAUUUAUUUGUUAUUAUUGUCAUAUUAUUUUUGCGAAUGAGAUUAUGUACGCAGUACACAUGAGCUUUCAUGAUACUCAAAACCCACUCAUGUGUUCAAUAUGCUAUCAGCAAUCUUCAAAUAUAGUUGCAUUCUUUUUACAUCUUGUUCAUACAAAGCACUAGUGGCCAAUGUUAAAAUGAAUAGCAUGUCACAUAAAUCACGCUUAAAGAGAAGGUAACAACUUCUAGUCAAAUAGAAUUAUAGAAGUAUAGAUUUCGUUAUUAAGAGCAUAGGAAUAAUAUCGAUGAUUUAAAAAUAUUUCGUAAAUCGCUGUAACGUCGCUCUAAUUUCGGCGUCGUUAGUCAGGUGAAAUGAACAAGUAUUGAAACCAUCAAACAGUAAUAGUUUAUCACAAAUUUAAUUAUUACAAAUUUGUUAUUUUUGUGUGACAAUAAACAAAGAUGAUAAAAAAAGUGUACAUAAUAAAAUAUUUACCGAAAUUUUGAGACCUGGUUUCAAGCCUGGCAAUGACAAAGGAAUAAAUAUAAAGGAGCUGGUAUUCCUUUUUUUUUGAGGAUAUUAAAAAAAAAUGUAAAAAUUUCGUAAAAAAAUUUGUAUUAAUACGGUUUUCUAAAUACGUUUACAUUAUUUGCACUUCUGUAAAAUUGGUCAAUUAAUUUUCAUUAUUAUUUGUCUUUUCUCAGAUUAUGUAACUUUUCUUUACGCUCUCUUUUUGCGAAAUUUUCUUCUCGUAUUUUACGCAGUGUGCGUAAACUGUGUAUAUUUAGGUAAUAAAAGAAAGUGUAAUAACAAAAC